AUGACAAUACCUAAAGACGAUCAGAACUGGAAAUCAAAGUUAAAUUUACCGGAAAAAGAUCGUCGAGCUAGAACAAGUGAUGUCACUGGGACUAGUGGUCAUGAUUUUGAAGACUAUUGCUUGAAACGUGAACUAUUAAUGGGUAUAUAUGAAAAAGGCUGGGAAAAACCAUCACCCAUACAGGAACAUUCAAUUCCGAUAUCGUUAACUGGUCGAGACGUGAUUGCACGUGCUAAAAAUGGAACAGGUAAAACGGGUGCAUACACAAUUCCCAUUAUCGAACGAAUUGAUCCAAAAAAGAAUAUAAUUCAAGCAUUGAUAUUGGUACCGACGCGUGAACUAGCCUUACAAACAAGUGCUAUAUGCAUGGAAUUAUCAAAACAUUUGAAUUUGCGUGUAAUGGUAACAACAGGUGGUACAAGUCUGCGUGAAGACAUCACGCGUCUCCAAGACAUUGUACAUAUAAUUAUUGCUACACCGGGUCGUAUUCUUGAUUUGGUGAACAAAAGUUUGGCUAAGUUAGACUCGUGUCGUGUUAUUAUAUUAGAUGAAGCUGAUAAAUUGUUAUCGCAAGAUUUCAAUCAUUUGUUGGAUGAUGUCAUUCAUCAUUUACCCAAAGAUCGUCAAAUCAUGUUGUAUUCAGCAACAUUUCCAUUAACGGUCGAUGACUUCAUCAAAAAACAUAUGAAAAAUCCGUAUGAAAUAAAUCUCAUGGAAGAAUUGACAUUAAAAGGUAUAACUCAAUAUUAUGCGUUUGAACUGGGUUAUUCAUGUUAUUAUAUUCAUUCAAAAAUGCGUCAGGAACAUCGUAAUCGUGUUUUUCAUGACUUUCGAAAUGGUUUAUGUCGAAAUUUGGUGUGUUCUGAUUUGUUUACACGUGGUAUCGAUAUUCAAGCUGUUAAUGUUGUGAUUAAUUUUGAUUUUCCGAAAUUAUCUGAAACUUAUCUUCAUCGUAUUGGUCGAUCUGGUCGUUUUGGUCAUUAUGGUAUUGCUAUCAGUCUUAUCACAUAUGAUGAUCGUUUUACACUGCACAAGAUCGAACAGGAAUUGGGUACAGAAAUUCAACCGAUACCAAAACAAAUUGACCCAUCGUUAUAUGUUGCUGAAUAUCAAGUUGGUGAAACAGAUGCUGGAAAUGAAAAUACAAAUGAGUUGAAUAAUGAAAAACCUGCUCAAUAA